AUGAAGCUGUUAGCGGUGUUACUUUUGUGCGGGGCUGUAUACGCCAAACAUGAGCAGUAUAUAGGAUGGAAAUCCUAUUAUGUAGGACCCAAGUCUCAAGAGCAUCUGCAAUCUAUUGGGCCAUUAGCUCAGGAAUUUGAAUUGGAUAUUCUUAGUCAUCCAAUCUUAGGGCGGGAGGGCGUAGUUCUCGUAAAGCCAGAACACCAAGAUGGAUUUACCAAGGCUUUGGAAGAACAGGGCAUCGCGUACAGGAUUCACACUGCUGAUGUCAAAAACGCUCUAGAUCUAGACGACAUAGCUAUUGAGACAAGACGCCGAGAAAAUCUGGCUCGAUCCGGAAGAGAGUUCCCAUACGAUAAUUAUCAAGAAAUUGAAGUGAUUGAUGAUUACCUCAUCGAUGUUGCCAGCAGAUAUCCAGACAGAGCCACUUUGGUUUUAGGCGGCAAUUCCUUCGAAGGUCGUCCCAUAUAUUACCUAAAGAUUUCUACCACCAAUUUCGAGAACAACAGCAAGCCAGUCAUCUUUAUUGAUGGUGGUAUUCACGCGAGAGAGUGGAUUUCUCCUCCAACAGUCACUUGGGCCAUACACAAACUUUUAGAGAACGUGACUGAACCUGACCUUUUGGAUCGGUUCGACUGGAUCCUGUUACCCGUAGUUAAUCCCGAUGGAUACAAAUUCUCCUUUACAACCACUCGGUUUUGGCGCAAAACUCGUUCAACAGACCAAAGCAGUAUUAGCGAAACCUGUCCAGGUGUAGAUGGAAACAGAAACUUCGAUUUCUUCUGGAAUACAGUCGGAACUAGCAACAAUGCUUGUGCUGACACAUUCGCUGGUAGCCAAGCGUUUUCUGAAGCAGAGACGAGGGUAGUACAAAGUCUUCUCCACGAGCAUCUGCACAGAAUAGCCCUUUAUCUGACUAUACACAGCUAUGGAAGUAUGUUCCUGUACCCUUGGGGUCAUGAUGGUAGCCUCUCCAAUAACGCGUUCGCUCUCCAAAUAGUUGGUGUUGCGAUGGCUGAUGAAAUUUUCGCUCUGUCCUUACCUCAUUUCCCUAGAUAUACCGUAGGAAAUUCCGUACUCGUUAUUGGAUAUCCAACGUCCGGUGCAUCUGAAGAUUAUGCUCACUUCAUUGGAGUUCCGCUGUCGUAUACCGUGGAGUUGCCAGGACUUGAUAGUGGUCUUAAUGGAUUCCAUUUAAACCCGAGGUAUAUUCAGCAGGUCUGCUAUGAAACUUGGGAAGGUAUUGUUGCAGGCGCUCGAGGAGCUGGUGACUUAUUUGUUCCCUAUGCAGAACGUAAUUGA